AUGGCUUACUGCGCGCCGUGCGAUAGAAGUUUUGUACAUCCCGCCGCCCUUGCACAGCAUAUUGAUGACAGCGAGAUACAUCAGGUGAAUUACGCCAGGUACUGCAGAACAUGCAAUCGUCUUUAUCGCGACGCUUCAGAUCUUCGAGAACAUCGCUCGAGAGUACACGGAGCCUACCAAGCAUACUGCCGACCUUGUGGUCGUUGUUUUGUUGAUAAUGCUGCUCUUCAGAAUCACCUCCAGUUUUCGAGCGCUCAUGCACCCUCCGAACCGUAUUGCCGGACCUGCGAUCGUUUUUUUGUCGACGAUGUCGCCCUUCAACAGCACUUCGAUUACUCUACGGCGCACCUUGAUGACUCUGAUGACUCUGACGAGUCUGAUGACUACGACGAGCCUUAUUGUACGACCUGCGAUCGGUAUUUCGCCGAUGAUUGCGCUCUCGAACAACAUCUCGAUACCUCCAGUGCUCAUAACUUCUUCAGAGCACCGAGUGCCUACAGGAUUCCACCGAGGAGUAGUAAGCCAACUCUAUUCAGUGGAAACCCAGCAUCCAGUGUCCCACAGCCAGCCAGAAUCCCACCGAGGAGUAGUGCGCCAGCUCCGUCCAGUGGAAGCCCAACAUCCAGUAUCCCACAACCAGCCAGCAUUCCGCCGAGGAACAGUGCGCCAACUCCGUCCAGUGGAAACCCAACAUCCAGUGUUCCACAACCAGCCUCGAGUUCGGUACCCAGUCGGACCAGUCCUGUGGUCUCGAAGAAGGAGAAUGUCCAAACUCAUCCAAACAUUUUGAAAAGCCCAGACCGUCCACAGCCUAUGCCAACAUCCAAUAAAACUCCGAAAAGCCUGGAUCCUAAUGUCCUUGGGAAUAGAGAACAUUUAACAACCGGAAAAGGAAAAGGGAAAGAAAAGGAAAAUAUCCCAAAUGGUUUCGAAAAUCCCAACGCCUCCGAGGCUUCUCAAUCUUCCGGAAUCGACAAGACUUGGACAGUGCCCUUGGCCGAAGCAAUUGCAAAAUGCCUAGAGAGAGAGUUUCCUCAUUUGAGAAACUUGGAUGGCUCAAUGGUUGCAAAGGCUCUAGUAAAGGACCCUGAUGAGUCUUCUGGCUUGGAAGAUUCGAAGCCCGCAAACCACAAGAUAACGCCAGCAGAAUCCUCGGGUGUUUUGAAGAAGGAAAUACAAAAUCUCCAACAACUGGCCAAGAAAGCCAGAAAGCUUCGAUCUGUCCAACCUUCGACCACAAAGCGGCCUCGCCAACUACAUCAGUUCUUGAAAUCCAAGAAAGCCUCGGACAAGACCUGCCGUGUUGCUCGUGCAAUCUGUCAUUCGAAACUGAAGAAGCCCUUUCAGUCCAUAUUCGUGAUACCCCAGAUCACCACAUCUGCCUUCUCUGCUCCCAAGUGA